CCAGCCAUGGCGCAUGAAACGAGGACCCGAGAGUUAUCACCGUGGAGUGCAAGGCGUGCACUCACGGAGCAGAUGAACGGACCCCAACGAAACCCACCGCCGCCGCCUAAGGAAGACCAGAAUGCCGCACCAUGGAAGAAGGAUAUGCCUGGAAGGCCCCCAAGGAACUCUUCACCAGUUCGUAAUGCGGGGAAUGUGAGCACAAGCAAAUCCCCACCUCCGAGGCGCCGAACAGAGGCAGUACGCGAGAACGAAGAGAAAGAGCGCACUCGACCUGGUUCUCGUAAAUCAGAGCAAUCUGGCGUAAAGUCUCCCUUGGGCUCACGCGACCGCGAGCUCUCACCGGAGCCGUACAGGAAACCCCAGGACAGUCGUGCCGACGAGAGACGACGCCAUCGGUCAAAAGACAGACAUGGCGACAAAUCCACCCACCGGAGGCGGGACAGCUCGAGAGAGGGGCGGCACGAAAGAUCCAGAGAACGGCGACGACAUCGAUCAUCCGAGAGAGGGUCCGAGAAACUAGACGGUUCCAGGCGCGAUCGCUCCACGAGCAGGACUGACCACCACGGUCGAUCAAGGGGGGACAAAAGAGACCGCUCUCCUAUCAGGUCCGAACGUCGCGAUCGAUCCAGAGAUCACUCGCGGGACCGGUCCAGAGACAGACGGCGGAAUCGAUCGAGGGACAGGAAAAAGGAAUCUGAAAGCGGACGCACACACGACAGGAAGCGAGACCGUUCACGCGACGACCACAAGCAGAGAAGACGAGAUCGCUCCCGCUCUCGUUCAAGAGACCGACGUCGCCAUCAUUCCCCAGACCGCGACACCGAUCGCCGCCGCCGCAACCGCUCUCCCUCAUCCUCAUCCUCAAGAUCCCCCUCGCCACCCCCCAAACGCCACAAACCCAUGCGCUCCCCUUCGCCGCGCCGCCGCGCCAAAGCUCCCCUCCCCUCCCAAGAACUCUCCUUCCGCGGCACCGACAACUCCUCCCUCCCCCCAACCAAAUACGGCGGCGCCCCACCUACCAUGGAAAAGCCAAACUUCAAACCAACCGGCCUCCUCGCCAAAGCCGCCAACAAGGUCGAAGGCACAAAAAUCUCCCUCAAAUACCACGAACCCCCCGAGGCCCGCAAACCCCCCAAAUCAGCAGCUUGGCGCCUCUUCGUCUUCAAGGGCGAAGCCGUCGUCGACACCAUCGAGCUCCACGCCCGCAGCUGCUGGCUCCUGGGCCGCGCCCACCAGGUCGUCGACUACCUCCUCGAACAUCCCAGCUCCAGCGCCCAGCACGCCGUCAUCCAGUUCCGCUAUAUCCUCAAGACUACCGAAGAUGAGUUUGGCGUCAAGACGCAGCGCGGCAAAGUUAAACCGUAUGUCAUUGAUCUCGAGAGCAGCAAUGGGACUGAGUUGAAUGGGAAGAAAUUGGACCCGGCAAAGUACUUUGAGUUGAGGGAUAAAGAUAUCCUGACGUUUGCUGGGAGUGAGAGGGAGUAUAUUGUUGUGCUUCCGCCGCCUGAUGAGGUCAAGGAGGGUGUGUAG